AUGGGCCCCAAAGGCAACAAGUCCAAGAAGAGCGCGAACAAAGGUCAAGGGAAGUCUGUACAGAAAAAUGACCUCGCUGCCGCCGACAGCUCGACCAACACUGGCGCCACUACAGUCAUCACCUGUCGGACCUUGGAGGAAGAUGAAGUCACUCGAUGCUCACUCCCAGCGACCGACGGAUACCCAGAGCAUGAUCGCUGCAGGCUUCACCACAAGCAAUACCGAACACUGUACGCGAAGUAUAAGAAGGCUUCGGAGAUCGUCGACGAGGUCAAGGCAGGCAACGAAAUUCCGACGAAGGACGAGAUCGCGUAUUACAAGGACGCACAUAGUACGUUGGAGAAGGCGCGUUGGAUGCGCAAGUACCUGGAGGCGAUCCGCGUAGAAAAGACUGGAAGAGAGAUCCAUACGAGACGCUUCUUCGGAAAGGCUGAUGAUGGGCAUAAAAUCCGCGUGAACCUUCUAGCGAAGCGGAUGGUGGAAGCAGUCGAGAUUCUAGAUACCCUUCAAGCUCACGCUUACUAUCUUCGGAACGCAGACGAUCCUGCGCAUGACUCGCUCAGGCUCUUCCAAAGUUCUCCUCUACCGACCGAUGGUCAGGACAUCCCAAAAAAUCUUUUGGAGUCAAAGAGCAUUAUCGAUACGGUCCAGACUACGCAAAUCAAACCAUCACUUCCACGCAGAGCACUGAGUGCCACUCAGGCCGACCAGGCGGAAGAUACGGAUUUGAUUGACUUGGAGCAUCGAGCUCGCAAGGAGCAACUACUUCAAGCGUUUCGGCCAUAUAUCGAUCCAGCAUUUGCGCGACGCCUUAUCAAUCCCGCGGAGAGCCAAGAUCCCACACUUAGACGGUUCACGACCAUUAUUCACCUCGCCGAAAAGCAAUACGCACUUCGUUUUAUUCUUCAUGACCCAAUUCUCUCCUUGAAGGCCGCGGACAAAGUCUCUUUCAAGGAUCUCAUCUUGGAUGAUGAUUUUUCGAUGGAGGAUGCUGCCAGAUUUUUGAACAUAUUCACGAGUCGCAUGGCGCUGGGCCUUCUCUGGUACAAAGAUUCCAUUGUGGAAGCCCUCGCGAUUUUGCCUCGCGAUGGCAAAAUUAGAUCUACUGCCAAUGUUGGCGAUCCGAAGGAUCGUUACAAAGUAUUGGGUGGUUGGGUUUUCACUAGGACCCACCCUGGACGGUUCUCAGACGAAGGCUGGACCCCCCCUGCAAACGUCGAGAAUCGCUUCGUUCGACUUUGUAACUCUUUCGACGACAUCAUUAGCUUCCUUUCCUUCGAAGCGUUCGGUUUGGUCCCACCCCCGACAUUCACUAAAAGCGAGCUGUACGAUCAGUAUAACUCCUCCAUCACUCGCAACCAUCUCUCUCUCUGCGGUAUUAUCGUGGCGGACAUGGUCAAUGGCACUCCAUUCUUUUCGCCUCCCCCAGGUCCUAUCCCCACCGGACUACCUAGCAAGACUCCGGGGUGCAUCACUUGGGCGGAGGUGGAGGGGCGAUCUUACAUGUUCGGUGCAGUUCGGAACGAACCAGACGCAUUCACGGAAGCGUUUCUCAAUGAAUUACGGGCGCGUCCUGAUCUAUUUCAGGGCCUUACUCGCUUAGAGACGGAUCCUGGCCGUCAUGUCGAGGCUUUCGGUACACACGAAGGAGAGGAUGAACCCCCAUGGCAGACACGAUUACGCACUUUCGAAGCACCGAGGGCAUCGUUCCAAAGUCGCCCACAGGGACGGGGCACCUGGAAGGUCCAAUUGUCAGCCAUGGAUUUGCUGUAUUCUACGACCAAGGUUCACGGAUUCCUCGCAGGCCCGAGACCGGACGGAACACGUUGGUUUUUCAGCUUUAAAAAGCCUGAGAUAUCAGUCAAGUACUUCAUUAUAUUGGACACCAUUCCCACCCGACCGCAUUCAGUUUUGUCGAGGAACGUGGCCUGGGCAGCACUUCGCGCCAAGGGCUUUGCGAGCGGAGAGUAUAGCUUGCGCAAGUAUGCGAGGGCGUCGGAUGCCUUAUUCGAAAAGUGCAUGCACGAGAGAAUGUCUUGGGCGCCUAUGAGCUGGAGGACAAUGACGAAGAUGGAGGAUGAGAUCUAG